AUGCCGCUCGUGGAUAAUUAUGGGAAUCUAAACACACAAAGGGUAGGGGUUCUUGUCCCUGCUAAAGUAAGCAAAUGGGUGGAAUUGAUUGGUUCAAAUCCAUGGAGAAGGGAAGGCUACGUUGAGCUAGCAGAAAACUACUUACGUCCAGUUCGUUUUGCAGGUGAAACUAUUUCUAGAGAACAGCUCUUAAAUUUCCUUAAAACUCAUGUUGCAGCUUCUGAUAUCCCUUAUAUAUCUCCUCCCAAUGCUGAUUUUCCUGCUGUUUCUGCACCACUCACCAAUCAAAAUGCAAUCUUGCUGUUGGAUUGGAUUCAAAACCUGCAACGUAGAGGUAGUUGCAUUCCAGGGAAGUUCUUAACAUGCAUAAAGGAAGGUAGCUGGCUGAAAAUUACUGCCAAUGGCUGUUCUGGUUACAGGCCGCCAUCUCGGUCAUUCAUGCUUACCUCUUCAUUGGGAAACAUUUUGCAGAAUGGAUCAGUGCUUGUUGAUAUUCCGUUGAUUGAUGAAAGUUUUUAUGGUUAUAGAUUAAAUGAGUAUAAGGAGGAGCUAAAGACAAUUGGAGUUAUGUUUGAGUAUGGAGAAGCAUGCGAAUUUAUUGGGAUGUCUCUUGCAGCUUACUCAACUUUAACUAGAGACAACGUGCUUUCUGUACUAAAUUUCAUCAGAUUCUUAACAAAAAAUUUUCUUCAUCCAGACAAAUUCAUUGGCAGUAUUAAUAACAAAAAAUGGCUUAGGACAUCCUGUGGUGACAGAUCUCCAAUUGGAUCCGUUUUGUCUGAUUGUGAAUGGGACACUGCAUCUAAAAUCAGUGAAAUCCCCUUCAUUGAUACAGAAUACUAUGGGAAGGAAAUCCUAGCUUUUAAAGAGGAACUCAAGUCGCUUGGUGUGUUAAUUGGAUUCUGUGAUAGUUACAAGCUCGUUGUAGACAACUUAAAAUCACCUUCACGGUUGAUUUCUCUGACAUCUGAUGCCGUUCUUUUGGUACUGCAAUGUAUGCGUCAUUCAGGAUCAUCCAACAAACUUGUUGAGGCUUUGAGAGAUGCAAAAUGCUUCAAGACAAAUAUGGGUUACAAGUCUCCAGGAGAAUGUUUCUUGUUUGACCCUCAAUGGGGUUGCAUUCUACAAGUUUUCGGAGGUUUCCCAUUGUUUGAUGAUAAGUUCUAUGGAAGCAGCAUCUUCAUUUACAGGAACGAGUUGAGGCAAACAGGGGUGAAGGUGGAUUUUGAGGAUGCAGUCAAAGUAUUUGCUCAAAGUUUCAAGCAGCACGCUUCUCCCAUUACAAAAGAACAUGUUUUGUCUUUCCUUGCAUGUUACAGACAGCUACAGGACACUGAAUAUAAGUUUCCUUCAGAUCUUAAGAAAUACAUCCGUGAGGAAAAGUGGUUGCGAACUCGGCUAGGUGAUUGUAGAUCUCCAAGCAAUUGCAUUCUGUUUGGGCCAGAUUGGCACUCAAUUGAUCCAAUUACUCGACUUCCUUUCAUAGAUGAUAGUGACAAUUAUUAUGGCAGGGGCAUUUAUGAAUACAAGAAAGAGCUGAAGAGGAUGGGGGUUGUUGUUGAUAUCAAAGAUGGUGUGAAGUUCAUAGCUGUUGGUCUUGAUUUUCCCCCAGACCCCUCCCACAUAAGUCCUGGAAAUGUGCUUUCAUUGCUAGGCUGCAUCCGCAUUUUACUACAGGAUAGGAAUUAUUCUUUUCCGAACAUUUUCUGGAAAAGAGUUUCCCAAAAAUGGUUGAAGACCCAUGUUGGUCAUAGGCCUCCAGACGAGUGCUUAAUGUUCGAUUCCAGUUGGGGUUCUUAUUUGAAGCAGACUGAUGGACCUUUUCUAGAUGAAGGUUUUUAUGGUUCUAGUAUUACAUCCUACAAAGAAGAACUCGCUGAAAUAGGGGUUACUGUUGAUGUGGACAAAGGAUGCCCAUUGAUUGCCAGCCAACUUGAUUUCCAUCUUGAAUUUUCUACUAUAGUUCGAAUAUAUAACUAUUUGAGUGAGUUUAAUUGGGAGCCAGACAGUGAAGCUGCCAAAAGGAUUUGGAUUUCAAAUGGAAGUCAGAAUGGAAAGUGGGUCAGCCCCGGAGAAUGUGUUUUGCAUGACAAGGAUGGUCUCUUUAGUUUGCAGCUGCAGGUUUUGGAGAAACACUAUGAGCAAAAGUUACUUAGCUUUUUCUCCAAUGCUUUCCAUGUUAGAUACAAUCCUUCAGUUGAUGAUUACUGCAAGCUAUGGAAGAUUUGGGAAAGUUCAGGACACCCAUUGCAACAUGCUGACUGUUGUAAGUUUUGGGUGUAUGUUUCGAAGCACUGGAGCACAAAGACUGAGAGAACUCUUGCUGAUAGCUUGGUGAAAUUACCUGUUGGUUCAGGCUCAGAUGGAAUUUUGCUGUCCAACAAGCAUGAUGUUUUCAUUGCUGACGAUCUCCAACUGAAGGAUCUGUUUGAGCAGUCUUCUCCUCAACCUAUAUUUGUCUGGUACCCUCAGCAAAGCUUGCCUUCUUUACCUCGGACAAAGUUGCUUGAAAUUUACACGAAAAUUGGGGUCCGCACAAUAUCUGAAUCUGUGCAGAAGGAAGAAUCAUCCUUAGUGGGUGUUGCUCAUCUCAAUGAGGUGAAUCCAAUGGAGUUUUUGAUUACGAAAGGGCUUGUUAGGCUCAUCCUUGGUUUUCUAGCAGGCCCUACAAUCAAAAUGGAAGCGGAAAGGAGGCAUAAGGCUAUCAAAGGGCUUCUGAAUAUUACUUUCCUUGAGACAGUUGAACCUAUCACUGUAAACUAUAGUCUAUCUCUUUCUUCUGGGGACUUUGUAAAAGCAAAAGCAAGCCGAGUGAUGCUUUGGGAUAGAGAGUCUUCAAAGUUUGUCGCACAGAAGUUGGACAGGUCUGUUGGAUACAAGAAUAUCAUUGAAUAUGCUACAUAUUUUUCUGAAGCAAUAUCCGAGGGUCUGUUAUGGGAGAACGACGAUCAUAUUGGUGCACUCUCUGAGCUGAUCAAGUUGGGCUUCACGCUGGAAUUUAACGAGGAAGCUGUUGAGUUUUUAAUGAAGUCCAAGAAUUUGCAGAUUUUCAUGGAGGACGAGGAAUUCCUGGCUUCUACCUUCCCUUCUGACUAG